AUGCGGUGCCUUUCUCUUGUCUCGUCCGCCCUGUUGGGCUUCAGCCUGGCAGCUACCGUCUCUGCCGGCCCGGUCCCCAAGAAUGCGCCCGUCAUUGAGGACAACGACCCUGAGUUCAUGUACCAGGCAAAGCUGCUCGACAAAGACAACUCCACCGUCACUGGGCAGUUCACUGCUUGGGCUACUGACGUUGGAGUCGGCAUCAAGUUCCAUGUUGAAGUCGAGGGCCUCCCCGAUGGAUCUCUUCAUUACCCCUAUCAUAUCCACGAAAAGCCCGUUCCCAAGGACGGCAACUGCUACGCGACCGGUGCCCAUCUUGACCCAUACAAGCGUGGUGACCAGCCUCCUUGUGACAUCAAAGCGCCGCAGACUUGCCAGGUCGGCGAUCUGAGCGGCAAACACGGUCCUAUCAUCGCGCCCGACGAUGAGACCUACGAAGUCUUUUACACCGACUACUACCUCUCGAACCAGAAGGACGACCCUGCCUACUUCGGCAAUCUUUCCAUCGUUGUGCACGCGCCCGACAAUACCAGGCUGAACUGUGCAAACUUCGUGCCGUUGAACACUCUGAAGAGCGAGGAUUCCGAGCAAUCCGAGCAAUCCGAGGACUCGGAGGAUCCUAAGGAUCCCGAGGAACUUGAUGAAUAG